GUUCGAAUUAGCGUUCCGAGCCCCGGUAUUGGUCGCCGUGUGAUCUUGAACGUCCCAUGGGGAUUUAGGAGACAGUUCACAGAGAAACCCCAGCGCUUUCGGAUCCUAGUCCCGCCGAAGACCCGGACCACACUUUCUCGGACCUUCGGCCACAGAAGACGGCUGUCGCUCGAACUUUCCGCGAAAACGACAAACUUGCAGGAAGAUUCGUUCGGAGGGAAUUCAUCCUGGGAAGGAGACCAAGAUGGCUGCCCGAACAGUUCUGACGAUUUUGGUCGCCUUGGCGGUGAUUUCUGCAACUCAGGCCAUGCCCACAUGUAGCAGCAGCACGACGUGUUCCAAGGACCAGUUCUGUCUGCGGGGGUCAUGUCAGACGAUGCCGUGCGACAAAGACAGGGACUGCAAGUACCUGGACAUGGGGGUGGAGGCGACCUGUGACACCAGCUCUCCACAAGGGGACAGCGCCGGGCACUGCGUACAGAUGAGCAGUGAAGUUAAGACAUCGCCACCGGGUCCUGUUCCAUCCUCGGUGUCGUACCCGUCAUCUUAUCCGUCCCCGUACCCAUCGCCUUACCCGUCCCCGUACCCAUCGCCUUACCCGUAUCCGUACCCAUCCCCAUCGCCGUCGCCAGUACCCUCACCCGUGUCAUAUCCGUCCCCAUAUCCAUACCCUUCCCCGUCGCCAGUGUCCUCACCAGUGCCGUAUCCGUAUCCGUCACCAGUGUCCUCGCCGGUGUCGUAUCCGUCCCCGGUGCCCUCCCCGGUGUCGUAUCCGUCCCCGUAUCCAUACCCUUCACCGUCACCAGUGCCCUCGCCGGUCUCGUAUCCAUCCCCGUAUCCAUAUCCUUCCCCGUCGCCCUCGCCGGUGUCGUAUCCGUCCCCGUAUCCGUAUCCUUCCCCGUCGCCAGUGUCGUAUCCGUCACCAGUGCCGUCACCAGUGUCGUAUCCGUAUCCUUCCCCGUCGCCAGUGCCGUAUCCGUAUCCGUCGCCAUCACCAGUGGUGUCACCGGUGUCGUAUCCGUAUCCAGUGCCAUCACCUAGUACUUCGGUAGGGAACACGGUGUACUGUAAGACCAGCGCGGAGUGUUCGUCCGGCACAUCUUGUAUCACCGCAUACCAUCUAGAGAGCACACCGCUCACGUACGGCUUCUGCGGGACGGGAAGAAGUCAGAAUCCAUACCCUUAUCCGGCCCCUGCACCGCAGCCUGUACCAGCCCCAGCACCGUACCCCUACCCGUAUCCUUCCCCGGUACCUUCCCCGGUCCCUGCACCGUAUCCCUACCCGUACCCGUCCCCGGUACCGUCUCCUGUCCCAGCACCGGCACCGUACCCCUACCCGUAUCCAUCUCCAGUCCCUUCGCCGGUCCCGUCACCUUACCCCUACCCCUACCCGUCCCCGGUCCCAGCACCAGUGCCCGCCCCAGCACCGUACCCGUACCCAUCACCAGUUCCUGCGCCGGCACCUUCGCAAUGUUACAGCGAUUCUGAUUGCUCAUCAGAAAUGUACUGCGCCGGAGGAGCUUGUUACCCCAUGCUGGCUCCUGUUACAGUACCAAUCUCUUCUCCAGCUUCUUACCCUAGCUCGCUGCUGCCUUGGUGCUCACCCGCUAACCCAUGUGCACCCGGAAGUACCUGCAUCGGUGGGAGGUGUGUACCGCACGGGGGACCGGUACCGGUAGGCCCGCCUCAGCCUCAGUGUUCAUCCUAUAACCCGUGCCCACCCGGGGGUAUGUGUGUAGGCGGGAACUGUGUUCCUCUAGUGCCGCCAUCUGAAUGCACACCGUACCGUCCGUGCUCAGUCGGAAGUACCUGCAUCGGUGGGAGGUGCGUACCGCACGGUGGGCCGGUACCGGUAGGCCCGCCUCAGCCUCAGUGUUCAUCCUAUAACCCGUGCCCACCCGGGGGUAUGUGUGUAGGCGGGAACUGUGUUCCUCUAGUGCCGCCAUCUGAAUGCACACCGUACCGUCCGUGCUCAGCCGGAAGUACCUGCAUCGGGGGGAGGUGCGUACCGCAUGGGGGACCGGUACCGGUAGGCCCGGUAGGCCCGACGACAUGUACAGAUAGUUCACAGUGCGGGUCUGGUCAGUCCUGUAGCCAGGGUAAAUGUGUGUCGUCACCAGCGCCGGCACCUUCGUCGAGUUACUGUUCAUCUGAUGCCGAAUGCGGGUCCGGAUAUCGCUGUGAGAGGCCAGCCGGAGGCUCCUACGGCUACUGCGUCGGCGCAAGUGACUAUACAUACUACAAGGCCGGGAAGGGGGAGUUCCCAGAGAAGCAGCUAGCUGAAGAGACCGAGGAGGAAACAGUCGAGCAGAUGAAAAUAGAUAAGGAAGAAGAUUAAUUACGUACUUCACGUAUGCAGCUAGGGUAGUUAUGUCCUUUUGAAGAAGAUGAUGUUGUAUUCAACGUUAGUACCUAUACUCAACAUAAUUAUAUAUAACGUUGAGGUAUUUUACAUAACACGUCGUCAUUCUUGCUGAAUACAUGUAGAUGACUUUCUGACGAUGAUUGUAUUAGCUUUGAUUACAAGUGUGACAUAGAUAUGGCAAAGCAUUGUUUGAAUCUAAAUGAGGGGGUAGUGUUGCUUGGUAUGUAGAAAUGUGCUGUGUUACUACUAAAUCAUAGACCAUUCUAGAAAACAUGAACUUGUGCUUCGCAGAAUAGUUUUCCGAGAACACACAGAGUUCAGUUCAUAAGAUCAGUAUAGCCUAUUCAAGCUUUUACAUGAUAUCGACCUUAACACCAGCUUGCCAGAAUUAUAAAACGUAUGAGAAAGGCACAUACGGGGGUGGCAAAUACCAAAUGUCGUACUUGAUAUAUAGGAGAUUUAAUAGGCGCUGUUGCAAGAUAUACGAGUAUUUAUAUUUCCUCAGGUGCAUAGCGCUAAAAAAAUAUCCAUUUGGUGCCUUGCAGCGAUAUGUGUAUAGUCAGUUUGAUAUAACGUUUCUUUCAGUUUUAUAUAUCGUUAGGUUUCCUAUAGUGGUAUUGUGGUAGUGUGAUAAGUACUUGUGCAUAGAGUAGACAUUGUCAAUAUUGCACAGGCACUCUUACUCGUUAAAAUAGUUUAGUUUACUCUAUUACGUAUACAUUUGUUAUUAUAAGUUUUUUUAAGUGUCAGGACUGAGAUGAUCACCAGAGGAGAGCUGGGAUUGUGAUAUUUCAUUUGCUGUGAAUAAAAGCUAGGUUUUCAACAAC